AUGAAAAAUAUUUGCCAAUUUUGCCACGCGAAAAAAUUCAGUAAAGAAACACCAGGUCUCUGUUGGAUGAAUGAAAAAAUUCGAUUACCACCACUGGAAGCACCUCCACAGGAAUUUCUACAUUACAUGACCGGGGAAACACUAGAAUCAAAACAUUUUCUUCUAAAUAUAAGAUCAUAUAACUCCUGCUUUCAAAUGACUUCUUUUGGUGUUACUUCGACUGACCCUAAUAGAGACAAAUUUGAAUAUGUAUUUUCACUUCAAGGGCAAAUUUAUCACAAAAUUGGAUCGUUACUACCAAUGCCUAACGAUGACUAUAAAUUUCUGCAAGUAUAUUUUAUCGGAAAUGAAGGAAAUGAAAUUGAUCAACGAUGUACAAAUUUUAUUGGAUUGAAAUGCGAAAUAAUCCAAGAUGUACAGAGGAUCUUACACAAAUACAAUCAACUGAUUUACAUAUUCAAAACAACACUAGACCGCAUGAUUUCUGAUGACUAUAAAAUUGUAAUUCGAGCCGAUAAAAGACCACGUGGAGAACACGAACGUAGAUUUAAUGCACCUCAGAUAGAUGAAGUCACCAUCGUAAUUGUGGACAAUAAAAAUACAAGCCGUGACAUAAUUGCACAACGAAGAAGAAAAGGACUACAACGCAUUGCAGAGACACACCGUUCAUAUGAUGCUCUUCAAUAUCGGUUAAUAUUUCUGCACGGAGAGGAUGGUUAUCAUUUUAAUAUAAAACAAAUUCAUCCUAAAACAGGCAUAGAAACAAACAAAAAAGUCAUUUCCAAGGAGUUCUAUGCUUACCGCUUAAUGGUCAGAGAUAAUGAAAUAUACAAGCACAUUCUCAACACUCGCCGUUUAUUCCAACAAUUUCUGGUAGAUAUGUAUGCAAAAAUAGAAGUAGAACGGAUGCUUUACAUAAGACUGAAUCAGAAGAAACUACGCACAGAAGAAUACAUCCACCUUCAAGAUGCGAUCGUAAAUGACGGCAAUAUUGACGAUAUUGAAACAAUGGUAAUCUUAUCCUCAUCAUACAUAGGAAGUCCAAGACAUAUGCACGAAUAUACUCAAGAUGCCAUGACCUACAUAAGAAAAUAUGGACGACCUGAUCUCUUCAUAACAUUUACAUGCAACUCAUCAUGGCCAGAAAUCAAAGAACAACUAAAAUACGGACAAACCUCCAUGGAUCGACACGACAUAAUAGCCCGAGUUUUUCGACAAAAACAAAUAAGAUUGAUUGAAAUCAUCACAAAAUACCACAGCUUUGGAACCGUUAGAUGCUGGAUGUAUACAAUCGAGUGGCAAAAACGAGGAUUACCUCACUCACACAAUCUCAUAUGGCUACACGAUAAAAUUAAUCCCACGGAUAUCGACAAAAUCAUCCAAGCUGAAUUUCCCAAUCCACAAAAUGAUCCGGAACUAUACAACAUAGUAGUGAAAAACAUGAUUCACGGACCAUGUGGACCAUUAAACUUCAAUGCGCCAUGCAUGAGUGAUAGAAAAAGUACAAAAAAAUAUCCAAAACCAUAA